CGUCAUCUGUGCUUGGGUCGAUGGUGCGGUUGUUUGUGGAGGCGCUGAAGACUGUGGGAGAGGUGUCUCCUCGGUCGGGAAUUCGGGAGCGGCGUCGUCGUCGCUCGUCGUCCAUGGCUGCUGUCAAGAAGUGGUGGUGUUUGUUUCGCUCCGUGUGCGUAUGCAGAAGCAGGUGUUGAUGUGGUGUGUGGCCGAGUGAAUAAGACGGUGAAUUCGGUGGUGGCGUCGUGCGUUCCCAAUGUUCACGGGGACCGUCCGCAUCAAAAUAUGCGAGGCUCAGGGCUUACGGCCGACGGACUGCUCGAAGCGCCACAACAUGACGUUCGGGAAGGUGGCCGACGACCAGCUGAUGGACCCCUACGUGACCGUCGACGUCGACGACACUCACGUCGCCCAGACCACCACCAAGCCGAAGACGCUCGAUCCCGUCUGGAACGAGUACUUCGAGCAGAGCGUCGACAACGCCAAGACGCUCACCUUGACUGUCUUUCACGACGCUGCCAUCCCGCCCGACGUCUUCGUCGCCAAUUGCAGCAUUCCCUUCGAGGAUCUGCUCAAUCGCGAGAAAGACGAGGCCGACUUUUGGGUAAAUUUAGAACCUAAAGGCCGUCUUCACGUUAGAAUAGACUUGAAGUUGACAACGAAAGAUUAUCAUGGAGCUAAACCUCGCGAGUUCAAGGAACGCCAAGGCUUCAACCGAAGACGGGGUGCCAUGCGGCGGAGGGUCCACCAAGUCAAUGGUCACAAAUUCAUGGCGACCUUCCUCCGACAGCCCACCUUCUGCUCGCACUGUCGCGAUUUUAUUUGGGGUUUGGGCAAGCAAGGCUAUCAAUGUCAAGUUUGCACCUGCGUUGUUCAUAAACGAUGCCAUCUUCUAGUUGUUACAAAGUGUCCAGGAAUGAAAGAUGAGUCUAGUCAACAAAGUACAAGAUUUAAUGUGAAUGUGCCGCACCGUUUCGUAGUCCACAAUUACAAGAGAUUCACAUUUUGUGAUCAUUGUGGUUCGUUGUUGUACGGUUUAAUCCGCCAAGGACUCCAGUGUGAAGUUUGUUCCUUAAACGUGCACAAACGUUGUCAAAAAAAUGUAGCAAAUAACUGUGGGAUUAACACGAAGCAGAUGGCUGAAAUUCUCUCGGCGAUCGGUGUUUCCCCGGAUAAACAAACGCCUAGAAGGAGUAAAUACGUGUCAGGAUCAGGGGCAAAUGGCGCGAAUUUCGAAGGCCAGUCGGAAAAUCAGGCCCCGGAAGACGAAAUGGAAAACACUGACGAACGGUUAACUAAAAUGAUGGAGGAGAAAAUGGCCAACAAUGGUAGUGACACAAACGUGCAAAUGAUGAGGAAAUAAUUCGUUGUUUUAGGGGGAGACGGCGCCGAACGUAAAAGCAAGUCGAAGAUAGGUUUAGAAGACUUCAACUUCAUCAAAGUCCUGGGCAAGGGGAGUUUCGGGAAAGUGAUGCUGGCGGAGAAGAAAGACACCGAUGAAGUAUACGCUGUGAAAGUAUUAAAAAAGGAUGUGAUUAUUCAAGACGACGACGUCGAUUGCACAAUGACCGAGAAACGUAUUCUGGCUUUGGCCGCCAAACAUCCCUUCCUAACAGCACUCCACUCGUGCUUUCAGACAAAAGAUCGGUUAUUUUUUGUCAUGGAGUACGUAAACGGCGGCGAUUUGAUGUUCCAAAUCCAAAGGGCGCGAAAAUUUGACGAGCCGCGAGCCAGAUUUUACGCCGCUGAGGUUACUUUAGCUUUACAAUUUUUGCACAAACAUGGAGUUGUUUAUAGAGAUCUCAAGUUAGAUAAUAUUUUACUAGACGCUGAAGGGCACUGUAAACUGGCCGAUUUCGGAAUGUGUAAGGAAGGGAUCCUGGACGGAAUCACCACUACGACCUUCUGCGGCACUCCUGAUUACAUCGCGCCCGAAAUUCUUCAAGAACUGGAGUAUGGCGCGAGCGUGGACUGGUGGGCUUUGGGCGUCUUGAUGUACGAGAUGAUGGCAGGACAACCCCCUUUCGAGUCCGACAAUGAGGACGACUUGUUCGAGUCUAUCUUGCACGAUGAUGUGCUGUAUCCGGUCUGGUUGAGCAAAGACGCUGUUAGUAUAUUGAAGGGCUUCAUGACGAAGAACCCCAGUCGGAGGCUGGGCUGUGUGACAGCGCACGGGGGCGAGGCUGCGAUCAGGGUGCACCCCUUUUUUAGAGACAUCGACUGGAACGCGUUAGAACAGAGAAAAGUGAAACCACCCUUCAAACCUAAAAUUAAGAGUAAGAAGGACGCCUUGAACUUUGACGCCGAGUUCACGAAGGAAGAGCCGGUCCUGACGCCAGUCAGCAAUGAAGUGCUGCACUCUAUCAACCAAGAAGAAUUCGGAGGUUUCUCCUUUAUCAACAGAGACUUCAAUCCUUCGCGUUUCGUCGCUGAAUAACUUUACCACAUCCAUUUAUCCUUUCUUGUUGUCCCCUUAGUUGAAAUAACCACGACUCGGGUAAACCAGAAGCUUGAAAGCUUUAAUUUUGUAAAAAUUGAGGAGGAAAUGCGCUAGUACUCAUUAUCCAAUGUUAUUAUUAUGAUGUUUAUUUUAUGGAACAGAGUUUAUUUAAAUUUGAUCUGAUUAAGUUUGUAAUUGUUAAGGAAGACAAAGUAUCAGUGGACCCCAAGUCACUGCAGCUAAAUUAUCAGAAUUUUGCGUAUCGUUUAGGGGUAGUUCGAAUAUUGUGAAGUGGGGUUACUUGGAGUUUCUGUGAUUUAACGCUGAGACGCCAGAUUUACUUGUCUUAACUCUAGUCACUGAAUGGCCUAUGCUCCUAAUAUCAAAGAGUAAACACGCAAGUCGGUCGAGGUUGGCCACUAUAAUGUUAAGUAUUUGUAAUUUUAAUUAAUGCACUUUCUGCAGGAGCCUUAUUGCAGUUCGUUCUUCCCCGGCCGUACUUGCUUUCACGAGGACUCGUUCAUACGGUAUCGUCAUUAUUUGAAAUUAUUUUUCGUCUUGUGAUAUUGUGGGAAUUUGCAAUAUAUUUAGUGUAGGCCGUUGUGCCUAAUUUUGUUUACAGUUUUUUAAAGAGUUCAAAGGAUUUCGCUUGGACGGCGACCCGCACUAGACAGAAAUAUAAUCACUUUCAACGUAACACACACACGUUGAUAUACGUGUUAGGGAAAUGUGCAUUAUUUUAAGAGAGCUUACGAUUUACCAAAGAAUUUUAUUUAUUACUUUUUAACGAGAUACGUGUGUAAAUGUUAAUAAUUAUGAUAGUUUACGUAGGAGAAUAAUUUAUUUUGUUGGCUGCGUGCGAGCGGAUUUCGCAUUGUCUCAGGAGUGGUCUCUGCAAGAUUUGAGUGUGUGCGAGCCCCCCAACACAUAGUUGAGAGUUUAUCACAAACGACACAAAGUGUUGGUUUGAGUUUUAUCUGCCAUAUAACUAAGCUAUCUAGAGAACAUUCAGCUACAUUUCGAGGAAAUGUACAUAUUGUUAAAAGUAAAAGAAAAGUAUAUAACGUUUUAGAUAUUUAUUAAUGUGGAGCUUAGAGUAGUAGGUAAAUUAAUAAAAUUAACCCAUGCUAAUUUUAGUGUAUGUCUAGAUAAUAUCUAUAUCACAGGUCUGUGUUAGCACCGAGCUGUUCAAGAAGUACCUACUUGAGGUUGGCAGUGUAGAGUUAUUUAGUUCUCUAGUAGAGCCUCAGUCUCUCACUCGUUCGUUCGGUUUUUGCCGUGAAGGCGCGUGCUUGCAUACGGUGUUGUGCCAAACCAUGUCCACCCUAACCCGCAGCCUUUCCGCACCCCCACCACUGUCUAAACCCCACUGUCGCAUUGUUAUUGUUUAUAUCAUAUUUGUACUAGCAAUGUGUUGUAAAUGGUGUACCUAUUUCUCUGACGGUGUACUAAAAAUUAUAAAUAAACAUUAUUUAAUGUA